UCCGAGAAUUGAGCGGCGCAGUUUCUUAGAACUGAAUUCGCAGAAGUGGAGUGGCUCGGAUUUUCGAGGAAACUUUUUUACAAGUUUUCACAGCGUGGCCAUGACUGCAAAUGGGUGCGUUCAAUUUACACGCCACGCAGGCGACGUCCUGCUCAAUUUCAACCGCCUCCGCAGUCGGAAUAUCCUGACGGACGUUACUAUUCAAGUGAACGGACAGAAUUUCUACGCUCACAAAACCAUCCUGGUGGCAUGCAGCGGCUUCUUUUAUUCCGUCUUCAUGGACCCCGAGAACGCGAACCUCAACGGCAUCAAUUUGGACCCCAAAAUAGACCCGAAGAGUUUCUCCAACCUCUUGGAAUUCAUGUACACAUCUUAUCUGAACCUGACCGACAGCAUGCUGGUAGGCACCAUGAACGCCGCCCUGUACCUUCAGAUGGAACACGUGGCUGACACCUGCCACAGGUUUAUCAUGUCCAGACCGUCUUUCAAUGUGCACGUUGACGAGGUGCAGAGUGGCACGUUACCUUUGGCUGAUGAGCUCCCUAAUUUGAGAAGCAUCGACCUGAAAGAGCUGGACGUCAAAAACCGCUACACAGCGACCUUGCCCCCUCUUCAGGAGUGCAGGGGUUACAAUGUGUUCAGGGGCAUUAACACCUCCGGGUCCUAUUAUGUGUAUGGUGAGAAGCCUGAAGCUUCGUCUAUCAGCACCCCGCCCAGAGGAUUGUCUUUGUCCCACAACCAAGUCCCCAGCGCCUGUGUGCCUCACAAAGAGUCCCCCGCCAUCAUCACGUACCCCACUAUUAUCCGACCCUCACCCGCCACGCACAACGAGGAAGAUGGCGUCGGGCACCCUCCCGCUAACUGCCGCGGGUUGUCUCCGGGUUUCGGGAAAGGUGUGAUCUGCAGCCCUCAAAGUCCCCUCAGAUCUGACUGCCAGCCCAACUCGCCCACCGAGUCCAGCAGCAGCAGAAACGCCAGCUUGAGCCUCAAACAGACCCCGGACUCUAACAAAGAAGCCAAGGUGCGGAACUGGAAGAAGUACAAAUUCAUCGUCAUGAACCAAACCCCUCUGAAUGAGGGACUGGAUGCUCAGAGAGGCGAUGGAUCUCUUUCACCUAGUCCCUGCAGGGGUGCUCAGACUGAAGAAGCAGCCAGUGAACACAGUGACGACAUCCCCAUGACCGACGUCAGCCACCGCAAAUGCUCCUCCUGUGGCAGUGACAGCCCUCAGCAGGACGAGGCCGCCAACGCCUUACCCGACUCUUGCUGUAGAGACUCAAAGUUAUCCCCUUCCAGAUGUGAAAUGUCUCUCUUCGACUCCAAAUUCGGAGAGGAAGACUCCCCCAAAGAGCACGCGGUGCAGCUCCACAGAAAGAAGCAAUACAAGUGUGACUGCUGCCAAGCCGCUUUCCGCUACAAGGGCAACCUGGCCAGCCACAAGACCGUUCACACAGGCGCAAAGCCGUACUGCUGCAACAUCUGCGGUGCUCAGUUCAACCGGCCCGCUAAUCUGAAGACACACACUCGCAUCCACUCUGGGGAGAAGCCGUACAAGUGUGAGACGUGCGGCUCCAGAUUUGUCCAGGUGGCCCACCUUCGUGCCCACGUGUUAAUCCACACAGGAGAAAAGCCAUACCCUUGUGAAAUCUGUGGCACGCACUUCCGCCACUUACAGACGCUCAAGAGCCACAUGCGCAUUCAUACCGGAGAGAAGCCUUAUCAUUGUGAAAAGUGUGAUCUCCACUUCAGACAUAAGAGUCAGCUGAGGCUUCAUCUGCGACAGAAACACGGCGCCAUCACUAACACCAAGGCGCAUUAUCGGCCCAGCAGCCUGACCUCCUGCUGAGGCCACUGCAGUAUUUUUUUUGUUUGUUUUUACCAGCCACCACAUUGUCAAAAAAAUACUUAAAAUCCAAAGAACCAUAUUUUGUAUAUAUUUUACUAUUUGAGUAUUUCAGAGUUUAUUCUGAACCACCUCAAACAACUGAAUGUACAAUUUGAAUGUGAAUUUGAGCAGAUACAGUAGAGGCCAAAGGUUUGGACACACCUUCUUAUUCAAUGGGUUUUCUUUAUUUUCAUGACUAUUUACAUUGUAGAUUGUCACAGAGGGCAUCAAAACUACCGUAUUUUUCGGAGUAUAAGUCGCUCCGGAGUAUAAGUCGCACCGGCCGAAAAUGCAUAAUAAAUUGACUUGUCCAAUAAUAUUUAUCGGACUGCCGAUAUUAUCGGCCGAUAAAUGCGUUAAAAUGUAAUAUCGGAAAUUAUCGGUAUCGUUUUUUUUAUUAUCGGUAUCGUUUUUUUUGUUGUUUUUUUUUUUAACUAAAUCAACAUAAAAAACACAAGAUACACUUACAAUUAGUGCACCAACCCAAAAAACCUUCCUCCUACACUCAUUCACACAAAAGGGUUGUUUCUUUCUGUUAUUUAUAUUCUGGUUCCUACAUUAUAUAUCAAUAUAUAUCAAUACAGUCUGCAAGGGAUACAGUCCGUAAGCACACAUGAUUGUGCGUGCUGCUGGUCCACUAAUAGUACUAACCUUUAACAGUUAAUUUGACUCAUUUUCAUUAAUUACUAGUUUCAAUGUAACUGUUUAUAUAUUGUUUUACUUUCUUUUUUAUUCAUGAAAAUGUUUUUAAUUUAUUUAUCUUAUUUUAUUUUAAAGUACCUUAUCUUCACCAUACCUGGUUGUCCAAAUUAGGCAUAAUGUGUUAAUUCCACUAAUGUAUAUAUCGGUUGAUAUCGGUAUCGGUAAUUAAAGAGUUGGACAAUAUCGGGAUAUCGGCAAAAAGCCAUUAUCGGACAUCCCUAAUAAUAAAGAAGGAAAAAAACAUAUAUAAGUCGCAUUUUGGGGGGAAAUUUAUUUGAUAAAAGCCAACACCAAGAAUAGACAUUUGAAAGGGAAUUUAAAAUAAAUAAAGAAUAGUGAAAAACAGGCUGAAUAAGUGUACGUUAUAUGACGCAUAAAUAACCAACUGAGAACGUGCCUGGUAUGUUAACGUAACAUAUUAUGGUAAGAGUCAUUCAAAUAACUAUAACAUAUAGAACAUGCUAUACGUUUACCAAACAAUCUGUCACUCCUAAUCGCUAAAUCCCAUGAAAUCUUACACGUCUAGUCCAGGGGUCGGCAACCCAAAAUGUUGAAAGAGCCAUAUUGGACCAAAAAUACAAAAACAAAUGUGUCUGGAGCCUCAAAAAAAUAAAAGCCAUAUUACAUACAGAUAGUGUGUCAUGAGUUAUAAAUUGAAUUAAGAGGACUUAAAGGAAACUAAAUGAGCUCAAAUAUAGCUACAAAUGAGGCAUAAUGAUGCAAUAUGUACAUAUAGCUAGCCUAAAUAGCAUGUUAGCAUCGAUUAGCUUGCAGUCAUUCAGUGACCAAAUAUGUCUGAUUAGCACUCCACACAAGUCAAUAACAUCAACAAAACUCACCUUUGUGCAUCCAUGCACAACGUUUAAAGUUUGGUGGACAAAAUGAGACAGAAAAAGAAGUGGCAUAAAACACGUCCUAGAAAGUCGGAGAACGUUAUACAUGUAAACAUACUACGGUGAGUUCAAGGAGCGCCAAAAUUAGUAGGACAAAACGGCGCUCGCCAAAUGAAGCAUGUUUAAUAUAAACAGUGUGCUUUAUAACAAUUAGGGAGGUUUGUGUCAUGGUUGUCCUCCUACAGACACCAUAUUAAAAUAAAACAUUUUCCUCAUCUUUUUCUAUUUUUCAUAAAUUUUUGAAAAAGCUCCAGAGAGCCACUAGGGCGGCGCUAAAGAGCCGCAUGCGGCUCUAGAGCCGCGGGUUGCCGACCCCCGGUCUAGUCUCUUACGUGAAUGAGCUAAAUAAUAUUAUUUGAUAUUUUACGGUAAUGUGGUAAUAAUUUCACACAUAAGUCGCUCCCGAGUAUAAGUCGCACCCCCGGCCAAACUAUGAAAGAAAACUGUGACUUAUAGUCCGAAAAAUACGGUAUGAAUGAACACGUGGACACUAUAUUGCCAAAAGUACAAGAGACUGUUUCUACAAACAUUUGUGAGAGAAUGGGCCGCUCUCAGGAGCUCGGUGAUUUCCAGCGUGGAACUGUCAUAGGAUGCCACCUGUGCAACAAAUCCAGUCGGGAAAUUUCCUCGCUACAAAAUAUUCCAAAGUCAACAAAAUGGAAGCGUUUGGGAACAACAGCAACUCAACCACAAAAUGGUAGGCCACGUAAACUGACAGAGAGAGGUCAGCGGAUGCUGAAGCGCAUAUUGCAAAGACUUUCUGCACAGUCAGUUGCUACAGAGCUCCAAACUUCAUGUGACCUUCCAAUUAGCCCACGUAAAGUGCGCAGAGAGCUUCAUGGAAUGGGUUUCCAUGGUCGGGCAGCUGCAUCUAAGCCAUACAUCACCAAGUCCAAUGUAAAGCGUGGGAUGCAGUGGUGUAAAGCACGUCGCCACUGGACUCUAGAGCAGUGGAGAUGCCUUCUCUGGAGUGAUGAAUCACGCUUUUCCAUCUGGCAAUCGGAUGGACAAGUCUGGGUUUGGAGGUUACCAGGAGAACGCUACAUUUCGGACUGCAUUGUGCCGAGUGUGAAAUUUGCUGGAGGAGGAAUUAUGGUGUGGGGUUGUUUUUUUAAGAGUUAGGCUUGGCCGCUUAGUUCCAGUGAAAGGAACUUUGCAUGCUCCAGGAUACCAAAACAUUUUGGAAAAUUCCGUGCUCCCAACCUUGUGGGAACAGUUUGGAGCGGGCCCCUUCCUCUUCCAACACGACUGUGCACCAGUGCACAAAGCAAGGUCCAUAAAGUCUGGUGUGGAUGAACUUGACUGGCCUGCACAGAGUCCUGACCUGAACCCGAUAGAACACCUUUGGGAUGAAUUAGAACGGAGACUGAGAGCCAAGCCUUCUCAACCAACAUCAGUGUCUGACCUCACCAAUGCGCAAUGGUCCAAAAUUCCUAUAAACACACUCCGCAACCUUGUGGACAGCCUUCCCAGUAGAGUUGAAGCUAUAAUACCUGCAAAAGGUGGACCGACAUCAUAGGGUUAUGAAUGGGAUGGCACUUCAAGUUCAUAUGUGAGUCAAGGCAGGUGGCCAAAUACUUUUGGGAAUAUAGUGUAUGUACUUAACAAAAAAAAGGUGAAAUAACUGAAAACAUGAUAGGCUCCAGCGCCCCCCGCGACCCCGAAGGGAAUAAGCGGUAGAAAAUGGAUGGAUGGAUGGAUGUUUUAUAUUUUAGUUUCUUCAAAAUAGCCACCCUUUGCUCUGAUUACUGCUUUGCACACUCUUGGCAUUCUCUUGUUGAGCUUCAAGCACACCUGUAAAGUGAAAACCAUUUCAGGUGACUACCUCUUGAAGCUCAUGGAGAGAAUGCCAAGAGUGUGCAAAGCAGUAAUCGGAGCAAAGGGUGGCUAUUUUGAAGAAACUAGAAUAUAAAACAUGUUUUUUAGUUAAGUACAUAACUCUACAUGUGUCCAUUCAUAGUUUUGAUGCCUUCAAUGACAAUCUACAAUGUAAAUAGUCAUGAAAAUAAAGGAAACUCAUUGAAUGAGAAGGUGUGUCCAAACGUUUGGCCUGUACUGUACGUAUCAAUUACUGUUACAGUCUUGUCAGUUUUGUCAUUGGUACGCCAUCAAGUCUAUUUGUAAAUAUUGUUUCCAGAUUGCCAUCUGCUGGCAGAGCGUGGAUUUAUUAAACAUUGCUUCUCAUGCCCACGUUGAGCUCCACUGAAGGACAGUAGCAAAAGGGUUGUAACUUUUGGUACGGAUUACGUGUACAUAUAAUUCUGCUUUAUAACUAUAGCAUCAUCUUUUGUAUUAUGCCGUCAUUCGUAUUUUGCACACACACACACAUUGCUGUUUAUCCGUCAUAGUUUUCAAAUAUUUUUUUCAAGCGUUGCUAAUAUGUUGAAAUGUUCUCAAAGCAUGUGCUUACGUCUUGAUGCAUAGUUAAGUCAUUAUUUAUGUUCAAAACCACCCUGAUGGUCACAAUGUUGGUGCUGCCAUGUUGCCCUGAGCUAACUGUAAAGUUAUUCUACCCAGUGCAUUGUUACAGUGCCUUACAUUCAAAUCAAUGUAUUGGUUACAGUGGCUUAAUUUUGACGCUGUGUACAUGUACGCUCUUCUGUUGUGUAUUCCAUGUGUUUCACUGUAUGUAGCUCUUAAAAUGCACAGAUGCUCAGGAAUAUUGCUUAUGUCUUUGUAACUGCAGAAUACAUAAUAUAUAUUUAUAUUUAUAAAAUAGAAAUAAAUAUGCGUACCGCAACAAGA